UUUUCAUGCUGCUGUUUAGUUAGUUCGAAUCUGUCUUCGGAAGUCAAACUAUAUGUUGAGUUGGUAUUCGUGUUGCUAAAUCGACUUUAACCACUGAAGUGUCAAGUCUAUCAUUGAACUUAAACUGCUUGCAUACUCCAGCAAAAAUGAAAUUACAGAAUCCCAAUGGUGAUUUAACAGUUACAAGCAAUUUCACAAAAGCACGCCAAGCCCUUCAUACAUCAACACCUGGCAACAUUUUCUGCAGGGAUAAGGAGCUUGAUGUUAUUGAAACAUUUCUUCAGAAUCAUAUUGACAAUGGUACAUCUGGGAGCAUGUACAUAUCUGGACGACCAGGAACAGGCAAAACCGCAUGUGUCACUUAUAUCUUAGCCAAUAGGACUUUUUCUGGCAAAUUCAAAUCCAUUUUCAUCAACUGUAUGCUACUGCACACCCCUUCCUCUGUAUUUCAACAAGUUGCUCAGCAGUUGGACCCAGAGUGGAACACAACUGCCAAAGAAGCCUUGUCUUAUCUAGAAGACAGACUUACAGAGAGUGGGCCUAUGAUUGUUCUGGUUUUAGAUGAAAUUGAUCAAAUGUCAACGAGAGACCAGUCAGUUCUGUACGCCCUCUUUGAACUACCGGCAUUGACAAAUUCUCGUCUUAUUUUGAUUGGCUUGGCCAAUGCUUUGGACUUGACUGACCGAUCCCUGAUUCGACUUCAAAGCCGCGUACAUUUCAAGCCCGUCCUUCUCAAUUUCUCGCCUUAUUCAAAACAAGAAAUUGCAACCAUUGUGAGCCAGCGUAUCCAAGAAGCUGUCGGUGAAGAUGUAGGCAAUGUGAUAGCCCCCUCAGCCCUGCAGUAUUUGGGCGGGAAGAUAUCUUCUACGUCAGGUGACUUGCGCAAAGCUAUUGACAUCUGUAGACGAGCAGUCGAAUUGGCUGAAACCGGCGCCAAGAAGCAGUCAGUGUUGGCAACGAAUUCAGAACUUCAAACUAGCCAAUCGGUGCAGACCAACAAAUGCGUCAGCAUUCCUAUUCUGUGCAAGAUGAUGGCUUCAGUUGAAAGUAAUGCAUUUUCUGUUGGGAACAGCGACGAUGUGGACGAAACUCCUCUCCAGCAAAAGCUCAUUAUUGUGACACUUCUCGUGCUAGUCAAAUUCGGAAAGUCGAAGCAAGUGACUCUGGGUAAACUGCAUCAGUCAUACAGCAAAGUCUGUUCCAAAUACGGUAUGACUACAAUAGACUUUGACGAAUUUUCGCAUACUUGCUCUCUGGUCGAGAGCCGAGGUAUCGUGACCCUGAAGAAAAAGAGUAAUCCCCGUCUGGCGCCAAUCUGUCUACGACUUGAUGAGCGUGAAGUGGAGUCGACACUGAAGGACAAGACCCUCUUAUCUUCAAUCCUUGCCCAAGGAUCUUUAUUCGUUUAACUUGCACUGUCAAUAAUUUUAAUCUCAUGUCUGCCAAAUUUUACGAGUAGUGAAGGUAAACGAACCUCACUUGAAACUAUUCAAUUCAUUUUUAUCUCAAGUACAAUGACUACAUGUUUGUGAAAUGUGUGAUAUUUUGAAUUAAACUAAUGCUUGCUUAGCACUA